AUACGUAUAGCAAAGCAAAAUAUUUGUUGUGCAAUCUAAAACGCAAAAAAAAAAAUCUAAAAGCCCAUUUCAACCGGAUUAACUAACGAAGCUUGCACAUUGUGUUAAAGAUGACAUACAACAUUAGUAGUUUAGCGUACUAUAAUAAUGAUUACAACAUUAGACUUGUUCGAUGAUAGAAUGAAACAACCACGAGAAAAGCCACUCGCGCCGUGAUACGUGAAUUAGCAUUUUGUUUCGCGAAGGCUUAUCAGUUCUCUUUUCGGUUUCCAGCCAGGCAGUGUGCAGAAGUGUGCGUGUCUCCAUAGCAAUUCAUAACACACCUCAUUGGUGACCCUCACAAAUCCACUGGAAAAGUGCCCACACAUCGAUUCCGUACGGCGUCUGAACCGGUUGCAUAUAUCCGUUCCGCGCUUCACUGAUUGCUUUUUUUACGAAGCUACCACACUGCUCGCCAAUUUGACCCGAACCAUUCACACUCCACGCAUCGAUCGUCAGUCUAUCAUGAGCAGUACUGAACCACAGAGUAAGAAAAGCAAAAUGGUCUCGAGUCUGGAACAACUGAAGAAACUGACCACCAUCGUGGCAGAUACGGGCGAUUUCGAAGCCAUGAAAGUCUACAAACCGACGGAUGCCACAACCAACCCUUCGCUGAUCCUGUCGGCGGCCGGUAUGGAACAAUACCAACACCUGAUCGACAAGGCCAUCAAGCAUGGCCUGAAGAAUGGAUCCACCGAAGAUGAGCAGGUCACUGAAGCUGCGGACAUGUUGUUUGUACUAUUCGGAUGUGAGAUUCUCAAACUGGUCCCCGGGCGCGUAUCGACCGAAGUCGAUGCCCGGCUGUCGUUCGACAAGAAUGCUUCGGUAAAGAAGGCACUCAGGUUGAUUCAACUGUACGAGGAAAACGGUAUCGAUCGGAAGCGGGUGUUGAUCAAGCUGGCUUCGACCUGGGAGGGUAUUCAGGCGGCCGCUGUGCUGGAAAAAGAACACGGUAUUCACUGUAAUCUCACGCUACUAUUCUCAUUCGCGCAGGCUGUAGCCUGCGCCGAAGCUGGUGUUACGCUUAUAUCUCCAUUUGUCGGUCGCAUUCUGGACUGGUACGUGAGCAAUACCAACACAAAAUCAUUUGAGCCUGAACAGGAUCCGGGUGUAGUUUCUGUGACGAAAAUUUACAACUACUACAAGAAAUUUGGAUACAAAACUGUCGUCAUGGGAGCAUCCUUCCGAAACACAGGAGAAAUUCGUGCCUUGGCUGGGUGUGAUUUAUUGACCAUCAGCCCGAAACUGCUGGGCGAUUUGGAGAAGAGUGAUGAAAAAAUCAAACGCUAUCUCGAUCCUUCAGUGGCCAAGACUUGCAAAUUGGAGAAAAUUCACAUGGACGAAGCGACGUUCCGUUGGAUGCUAAAUGAGGAUCAAAUGUCCACUGAUAAGCUCUCCGACGGCAUCCGCAAGUUUGCCGUUGACGGGCGCAAAUUGGAAACAAUGCUUCGUGGGCUCAUUCAGCAGGCAGCUUAAAGAUUGAUCAUUCAAUGUUUUGUAUGAUAUCAAUCAUGUACCCACAAUUGUAUAAAUUUUCACGUUCCUGGAACCAAUCAUUUUUAUAAAUUUGGCAAUGUUUUUCUAUA